AUGGGAAUUCCCGUGGGCAUCUGCUGUGCUUUGAUCUCCUUCUCAAAGUCUGCGUCUCACCGCAUCUACCUCACUGCGGCGGGCUUGGUGGGUUGCCUGGGCAUCCUGGGCGCUGCGCUUCACGCUGAGAAUCCUCCUGUCCUCAUGGCCGCCAUGCUUGUCACACACAUGUCCGGAACUUUGGAGUACUCGGUGGCCAUGAUCUUUUGCGAGGAGUCCUUUCCCACCGACAUAAGGGCCAGCGCCACAGGAAUCGUGAUAUUCUGGGGCACGCUUUGGUCGGUGGUGUCUCCAUUGCUGCUCACGGCGGUGGGCGAGCCAGGCUUCCUGGCGCUCGCAGCUGUGGCCUUCCUUUGCGCUAUCGUCUGCGCCCUGCCGCUGCAGGAGACCCAUCGCGCAGAGCUGAAG